AUGCGGGGCUGCCGGCUCCCCGGGCUUCGUAGCUCCUGGCCAGGGAGUCCGCUGGGCGCGCGGCUCCUGUCCCAAGAGAAGCGGGCCACGGAAACGCACUUCGGGUUUGAGACUGUGUCGGAGGAGGAGAAGGGGGACAAAGUUUACCAGGUGUUUGAAAGUGUGGCCAAGAAGUAUGACGUGAUGAAUGACAUGAUGAGUCUUGGCAUCCAUCGUGUCUGGAAGGACGUGCUGCUCUGGAGAAUGCACCCGUUUCCUGGGACCCAGCUCCUCGAUGUAGCCGGAGGCACAGGUGACAUUGCCUUCCGGUUCCUUAAUUACAUCCAGGCCCAGCAUCGGAGAAAGCAGAAGAGGCAGUUAAGGACCCAGCAAAAUUUAUCCUGGGAAGAAAUUGCCCAAAAGUACCAGAAUGAAGAGGAUACCUUGAACGGUUCCCAUGUCGUGAUCUGUGACAUCAACAAGGAGAUGCUGAAGAUUGGAAAGAAGAAAGCCUAUGCCCAAGGAUACAAAACUGGCAAGUCCUACAGAAAGGCUUGCUUGGGUGUUGGGAGAUGCUGA